AUGCAAAUUCGGCAGUGUGUGUAUGAAGUUGCUCAGACAAAUCAUGGAGAGGUACUGAUCGCAGAAUGUGUGAGCAGCCGGAAAGCAGUUGCUAUCUAUUUUCUGGACAAUGAUUUCGAUUUGCAAAUGGAAGAGUUGCAAGAGACUUAUCCUACUGUUCAGUUCGAGAGUGGAAACCCUACACAAACGGCAUUGGUAAAUAUUAUUCCGGCGAGCAAGACUAUAUACUAUUCUUGCCAGGUUGUCCGUGCAAUUAACGAUCUAGAUUGCUCUUUGGAAGUAAAAAUGGUUCAAAAAGCGAAUACCCCAUUCGCCGCUCAAGUUUACAAUGCUGUUCAAAAAAUUCCAAAAGGAGAAACUCGAUCUUAUUCUGAUAUCGCACGAGAGAUCGGAAACCCAUCAGCCACACGAGCUGUCGCAGGAGCGUGUGCUCGGAACAACUUGGCUUACAUCGUUCCAUGUCAUCGUGUCAUUGGAAGCAGUGGAAAUCUUUCCGGAUACCGUUGGGGCAUUGCUAAAAAAAGAACACUACUCCAGGCGGAAGGUGCUGAACUCAGAUUCUCCGCUAUGUAA